AUGCGCGCGCAAAUGGGAGAGCCUAUCAAGGCAAUGCACUAUCAAAAGGUUAUUCGCGUGGCCAAGCGACUCAAUCUGAUCGAACCCAGUCUACGGCCGGCCGAAGUCAAGAUUGCUCUUCAGGAGUUUUCGCGGGAUAUCAACCCUUUUCUCAACACGCCCAACCCAAUCAUCAUUGACAAGUUUGGCCGUGCCGUCGGAGUGGGCAAGCGAAAGGCCUCUACAGCACGCGCCUUUGUCGUCGAGGGUACCGGGGAGGUCCUGGUCAAUGGGAAGCCACUGAGCGAGGCUUUUGGCCGCGUCCACGACCGUGAGAGUGCCGUGUGGGCUCUCAUAGCAACGGAGAGGCUGGACAAGUAUAAUGUCUGGGUUCUCGUGGAAGGCGGCGGCACUACUGGACAGGCUGAAGCGAUGACACUUGCUGUGGCCAAGGCUUUGGUCGCUCAUGAGCCAGCGUUGAAGACGAUUCUGCGAAAAGCUGGGUGUAUCACCAGGGAUCCAAGAACUGUUGAGAGGAAGAAGCACGGUCACGUAAAGGCUCGCAAGAUGCCGGCAUGGGUCAAGCGGUAG